UGUAAUACGUUUAAACAUAAUAAAAGUGACCAUUAAGAAAUUACUUAAAUCCACUAAAACCAGCCAUAACAUGGUUGUCUCCGAUAGUCGGUUGCGAUUGCGACGUUAUAGUGGCAGUUUAAAAACAAAAACGCUAAAUGUCCGUGUUACCACUAUGGAUGCCGAAUUGGAGUUUGCUAUCCAGCAAACUACCACCGGCAAACAGCUUUUCGAUCAAGUUGUCAAGACAAUCGGUCUACGUGAAGUCUGGUUCUUUGGUUUACAAUAUACCGAUUCUAAAGGUGAUUCCACAUGGAUUAAAUUAUACAAAAAGCCCGAAUCACCGGCAAUAAAAACAAUAAAAUAUUUAAAACGUGUUAAAAAAUAUGUGGAUAAGAAAACAGCCGAUGGGCAUCAUCAUCAUCAUCAGAAUCAAAACGAUGAAAGUGAUGAUAGCGAUGGUGAAGAUAUGACUGGAUCAAUGCCAUUUUCAACAUGGGUUAUGAAUCAAGAUGUUAAAAAGGAAAAUCCUUUACAAUUCAGAUUCCGUGCUAAAUUCUAUCCCGAAGAUGUGGCCGAAGAAUUGAUUCAAGAUAUAACGCUACGUCUCUUCUACUUACAAGUUAAGAAUGCCAUAUUAUCAGAUGAAAUCUAUUGUCCUCCUGAAACUUCUGUACUCUUGGCCUCCUACGCUGUACAGGCUCGUCACGGCGAUCACAAUAAAUCCCUACACACAGCCGGUUUCUUGGCCAAUGAUCGUCUAUUGCCUCAACGUGUCAUCGAUCAGCACAAAAUGUCCAAGGAGGAAUGGGAGCAAUCGAUAAUGACCUGGUGGCAGGAACACCGUGGUAUGUUGCGCGAAGAUGCCAUGAUGGAAUAUUUGAAAAUUGCUCAGGAUUUGGAAAUGUAUGGUGUGAACUAUUUUGAAAUCAAAAAUAAAAAGGGUACCGAUUUGUGGUUGGGUGUCGAUGCUUUGGGUUUGAAUAUCUACGAGCAAGAGGAUAAAUUGACACCGAAAAUUGGUUUUCCCUGGUCAGAAAUUCGUAAUAUUUCCUUUUCGGACAAGAAAUUCAUCAUUAAGCCCAUCGAUAAGAAAGCCCCCGAUUUUGUUUUCUUCGCUCCCCGUGUGAGGAUUAACAAACGUAUUUUGGCCUUGUGCAUGGGUAAUCAUGAGUUGUAUAUGCGUCGUCGCAAACCCGAUACCAUUGAUGUGCAACAAAUGAAGGCACAAGCACGUGAGGAAAAGAAUGCUAAGCAACAGGAACGUGAAAAACUCCAAUUGGCUUUGGCUGCCCGUGAACGUGCCGAAAAGAAACAGCAAGAGUAUGAAGAUCGUCUCAAGCAAAUGCAAGAGGAAAUGGAACGUUCACAAAAGGACUUAAUGGAAGCCCAAGAGAUGAUUCGUCGUCUCGAAGAGCAAUUGAAACAAUUGCAAGCCGCCAAGGAUGAAUUGGAAUUGCGCCAGAAGGAAUUGCAAGCCAUGUUGAAUCGUCUCGAAGAGGCCAAGAAUAUGGAAGCCGCCGAAAAGGCUAAACUCGAAGAGGAAAUCAUGGCCAAACAAAUGGAAGUGCAACGCAUUCAAGACGAGGUCAAUGCCAAGGAUGAAGAAACCAAACGUCUGCAAGAUGAAGUUGAAGAAGCCAGACGUAAACAGGCUGAAGCUGCUGCCGCUUUAUUGGCCGCCUCUACUACACCACAACAUCAUCAUGUGGCCGAAGAUGAAAACGAAAAUGAAGAAGAACUUACAAAUGGUGAUGCUGGCGGUGAUGUAUCACGUGAUUUGGAUACUGAUGAACAUAUCAAAGACCCCAUCGAAGAUAGACGUACAUUGGCCGAACGCAAUGAACGUUUACAUGAUCAAUUGAAGGCCUUAAAACAAGAUUUGGCUCAAUCCCGGGAUGAAACAAAAGAAACCCAAAAUGAUAAGAUUCAUCGUGAAAAUGUACGCCAAGGACGUGAUAAAUACAAGACAUUACGUGAAAUUCGUAAAGGCAAUACAAAACGUCGUGUCGAUCAAUUUGAAAACAUGUAAAUUGUCAUCAUUAUCACCAUCAUCAUCCACAGCAUGUUUAAGCUUGUUUAAUUUGAAAACAUUUUCAAAAAGCAAUCGGUCAGCCAAUUUUAUAUAAA